UGAUGAAAGCACUGCGGACACCUACUCCAGGCAGUCGCUGUGGCUUGCGUCGUCGUCGUUGGCAAUUGGACCUGGCAUCGUUUCAGGCUGGAACACGUUGAGUCCGGAGAGCGGCUAACACCCCAGGCCAGGUCGUUCGCUUGAGGGGCAUCGCCUCCCUUUCGCUACACAGAUGCUGAAAAGACACCUUCCGCAGCCAUUACCAACGACCAGUGUGGCGCGGCCGCCUCGCAGUUGAGAUUGUCUUCCGUCGGGGAGCCUAGGUUGAACCAAGAAAUGCACGGGCUUCCUAUCUUGCUCACCGGUCAUUCUUCAACACAGGACCCCUUCCGCUACGACGGUCUUCCCACUGAGGGCACCAAUAGCCCAACAUGGUUCUGCUGGGCUACCUUCGAAGCUUUCAGCCAUUUCGGCUUGAUGCCCUGGGUAUCGUGACGCUCCUCGGUGCAGAACAGGUCAACAAUCAUGUGGGCAAGCUGGUCCGAAGCCGAUGGCUGGAGUACAUGCCGCUCCUCGGAGCCUAUGUCAUUGCAAGCGACGAGUUCACCGCCAAACAGGCAGGUUUCCAGCUUUUCAACUUCUCCCGCAACAUCUAUACGCCCAGUCUCGCCGGCUGGUUCAGUCGCUGGCUUAGCGAGCAGGACUUCGAGACCUCCGGGACUUGUGUCGAGUGGAGCAUCAAUGCGAAGCCCCAUUCCUUCGUCCUUGACUUCUGGAUGGCACUGCUCACUGGCACCAUCGUCCAGGCUGGAUUCAUCGUGAUUACCGUCCUCAUGGGGGACUGGUGGGGCUUCGCGAACGCCAUGUCAAUGGUGAUUUCAACCUUGGGAAGGGCAUAUCUGGUCAGCCGCAACACCACCUGGCUCGAUAGAGCCGUCGUCGAGGAAACGAGGAUGGCGCUCAAGGAACCCAGACCUCUGGCAUCCUCCAAAACGCAGCCCAGCGUCAGCAACACGGUUUUCAACGAGGAGAGUCUCAGAGAGCUGCCAGAAGCCAAGGUGAUUGUGCUCUUGCCCGACGCGAGAGCCGCCGUCCUCUUCAUCCCGGAGUGUUUGGUGCGCGAGGUCUUCGUCUACAACCCGAAGCCACCGGGCACGAGGGACGAGACCAAGAGAGUCGGGACCUGGCCCGUCCGCAGGCGCGACGAGCACAGGAGGAAACAGUCGGGCCCGCGUGAAUUGCUGGUCUACGAACUCGUGCGUUGGGUUUCCUGGCUCGCCUUCGGCGCCCAUGUCAUCACCAUCGGCAUGUCCGACCUGGUCAGCCAGCUCAUCACGGUGGUGGUCAUCGUGGUGCCCACCUUCCUGAUCGUCCAGGGCUUCGGCUGCGACGACAGCCACAUCGGGACCCGGCUGCGGGCGGAGAUAUCUGACAUUCCGCCGGAGGAGGUGACGACCCGACGUGCCGACAUGUAUGCCUUUCUGAACCUCACCAAGGAAGAGGAGGCCUGCCUGGAGCAGUGGAACCUGGCGGCCAACCGGGCCAACAGCCACUUCUGGGACGACUAUGAGAGGAAGAAGGAGGUUUUUGGUCGGGCGCCGGACCUACGCGGCCUGCGGAAUUACGAUGCUCGCGUCAAGGCCAUCGAGAUCGCGAAGGAGAAGUACCGGACGGAGCGUGAGGGCAAAGCACCUUCGCCACAAGUGCGUCCCGCGUCCAGCACAACAUCUCGACAUACGUCCCUGGACACAGCAUAGACGGCCGCACUUCUCGCUCUUGCGCCGCUGACAGCACAUUCCUGGCCAAACCCGGCGAGACUGCUUACCAACAUGGGAGUCUGGCAGCAGUAUCAAGGUUGUCCGAUUCUUGUUGCUAGAUCCUCGGCGUUUCACCCUGUUCUCAAACGGAGUCGACCUGGCAGGACGUUCUCCUUCUUCGGGAGAAGUAAGAAUCAACUUACUCUGAGCUCACAUCGAAGGUUGGGUUCAUGAUUGCAUACCGUCAACACUCGACCGAAGAUGUUCGGACAACCUGGCGUGCAACCCUGGGAUUAUACUCUCGAAGGAUAUGGAUAUGGUGCACAGGAGAGCCACUCUGCCACCCCUUUCCAACCUCACCAGAAUCUGCACAACAAAACCAAACCGCGUGCACUGGGCCGAGGCGAAUUCUUCCUCUCCCGGACCGGCGACCUGCGCUAUCGGCUACGGCUUAGUGUGCGUACCUGCUGAAGCUGAACAUCUACGUCAAAAUUAACGGGGAUACAUUGCACAUGAUGAGAGCCGGGUCGUCUGCCGUGCGGGUUUUGUUAACAAGCUGAUGAAAAGAUCCCCUCUUAUUUGUCCGGAACUCGGGAAAGGAUAAUAUAUCAUGCUGAGACUGACUUGGACAUUCACGGUUGUGCCCAGGUUGAAGGCAAACAAGGGUUGGACAAGUCAACCACUGAAUUCCUCCGCAUAACUGGCCACGUUCUGAAAACGAAACUAUAGCAGGCAUCAGGUUCUGACGGGAGGAAUGCGAGAACUCCAUUUGUUGAAAGAAUCGUGUUAGUUUGAGAAGGCUGAGGAGUUUAAGAGGCUGGGAUGGGCACUUGUGGAGACGCAGGGAGAGCCUGUUCAUAAUAUAGUCCUGGCUGUUAGAUCUAAUGUCGAUCACUGGAGCGUUGCUUGACCAAACGUCGACGCACUGUCGUUGGGCUGGCAGGUUCAUAUGGUUUUAUAUGUGGGAGUUGGGCGUUGCAAGGCUGAGGCACGGCGCCCACGCCUGCUGCAGACCGGAAUCAGUACAUAAUGAGGAGUGAAU